AUGGUGACCGAGAAUAAUAAGAAACAACAUUUAACAAAAUUAGCAAAUAUGGUGAAAAAUACAAAAUUACAUCGUGGGGAGAAACAUAAUUAUAGUAUUGAGGAUCAAGAUAUUAGAGAAUUAGCAGAAUUAGUUAGAAAACAUAGAAAUAUUAGUGUACCUCGGACAGCAUUUGCAAUACGUCAAAUAUGUACACAUCAACGGUUUGGUUAUAGCGAAUAUAUAUUUGAUGUAAAUGUGGGUAGUGAACAUGUGCAUUCAUUACCUGAUUUUUUUAUAAAUUUAUGUAAAGUAUUUGAGUACUUAAUUAAUGCUAUGAAAUACUAUGCGGAAUCGAAUACCUCAAAAGCACGAUUUUAUAUCUCGAACGCCCCCCACACUCCUUUCUCAACAGCGGUUCUAAACGUAUCGGAUAUGUUUUUCAACAUUUUUGAAAGGCAUAUGCAAAGUAACGCACAAGAGAUUAUAAAUAAUGGUUGGCACACGACUGUUAGCUUGUAUGUUUUCCCGAAUACCUAUACGUCACGUCGUCCUAAAAAACAAACUAAAAUGUAUAAGUAUUUAGGAAAAGAUAAUAUGGAAUCGGGUAGUGGUAAAAAAAUGAUGUGGCGUCAAAACAUGGUUGCGAAGUGCGUCAUGGUGUUUUUCAGAUCG